AUGGCUACCAAACAAGCAUUCAAAAGAUUAACAAAAGAAUAUAAAACGUUAACGGAAACACCUCCACCAUACAUCUUAGCACGUCCCAAUGAAGAUAAUAUAUUAGAAUGGCACUAUAUCAUCACGGGACCUCCAGAUUCGCCAUAUUCAGAGGGUCAAUACCAUGGGACGUUGACGUUCCCAACAGAUUACCCAUAUAAGCCUCCAGCUAUUAGAAUGAUCACGCCCAACGGUCGUUUUAAAGAAAAUACAAGACUAUGUCUAUCGAUGAGUGAUUAUCAUCCUGAUCUAUGGAACCCUAGUUGGUCAGUUUCGACGAUAUUGACAGGGUUGUUAAGUUUCAUGACUGGUGAUGAAGCUACGACGGGGUCUAUUGUCACUACUGAUUCACAAAAGCGACAAUUCGCUAUGAAUUCUGUGGCUUUUAAUAAUCGACAGAAUACUAGGUUUUUGAUGGUUUUCCCUGAUGUAGUUCAAAAGAAUUGGAGUGAAAUUAAAAGAAGAGAGGAAGAAAUACUGAAAGAGAAAGAGAAUGGAAAUAAUAAGAAUGCUAAGCAUUCUAAUGAUCCUAUAUUAGAAGCAUCAAAGGAAAAAGUUAUUACAUUAGAGGAAAUUAUGGAUCCUGAGGAUAGAAUCCGUGCAGAACAAGCAUUGGCAGCUUUACAAGAGGAACAGAAAAAUAAACAAUUACAUAAAGAUACUCCACAUAGUUCAUCAAUUUAUUAUAUUGUCUUUGCAAUAUUUGUGUUCUUAUUAGGACUCUUUAUGAAAUAA